UGCUUGCAACUCUUGUUGUGACUGCAAGGUCCUGUUUCAAUCAGUGGCGUCAGACGGACGCACGACAGCGACCCGGCCCGCUUCACCUUCUCAUGGACAGCGUAAAUAUCGAUCCGGAGGCGGACGGAAAGCGGGGACUUUAGCGGGAUUCUAAUCCGAAAAGCGCUGGGUUGGACUCUCGGAGGAGGAUCCCCCUCGUCGUGUCACUUCCAGGGAUUUUUCUCGCCUUCACGGCGGCUCAAAGAUCUUUUUUUUUUUUUUUUUCCUUCUGCGUUAUUUUGACUGGUUAGUAAAAGAGAGCCUCCCGUGACCUUCACGUCUCACUUUAAUGCAACUUUUAACGGAUGUGGAUUUAGUCCGAAUCGACUUUAGCGGGCCGGACUCUCCGAUUUUUCUCCCCUUUUCUCGUCUUUUCUUUGAAUGCGUUGCAGUUAUGAUGAUGUCACCGACGCCACUUUUUCCCGAAGUUAUGGCGGAGCGCAACUUUUUUAACUUCUCUUGACCAUUGAGAACGCCAGUCUUUACAAAUGGAGCACCUUCAGGGAGCGUGGAAGACCCUGAGCAACGGCUUUGGUAUGAAGGACUCUGCGUUUGAGGGACCCUGCCUCUCCCCGACCAUGGUCCAGGGCUUCUCCUGCCAGCGCCGCUCCUCCGAUGACAGCAAGAUGCCCGACUCCAAGACAAGCAGCACUAUCCGAGUCUACCUCCCAAACCAGCAACGCACUGUGGUAAACGUGAGACCUGGUAUGACUCUUCACAACUGCCUGAUUAAAGCGUUGAAGGUGCGAGGCCUGCUGCCUCAGUGCUGCGCUGUCUUCAGACUGCAUCCAGGACAGAGGAGUAAAAAGUUCCGGAUGGAUUGGAAUACGGACCCGACCUCGCUGAUCGGGGAGGAGCUGCUGGUGGAGGUUCUAGAUCACGUUCCUCUGACAACACAUAAUUUUGUUCGAAAAACAUAUCUGAAACUAGCGUUUUGUGACAUUUGCCAGAAGUUUCUUCUGAAUGGUUUCCGUUGCCAAACAUGUGGUUACAAAUUCCAUGAGCAUUGUAGCACCAAAGUUCCCACGAUGUGCGUGGACUGGAGCAAUAUCAGACAACUCCUGUUGUGUCCAAACCCCGGUGAGAGCAGCGCCCCGUCCCUGCCACCGCUGACGUCCCGGCGAAUGAGGGAGUCCUUAACACGGUUUCCAAGCUCAGCCCACCGAUAUUCCACCCCUCAUGCCUUCAACUACAUGACAUCCUACCCACCCACAGGCGGCGGUCUUUCCCAGAGGCAGCGCUCCACCUCCACACCCAACGUGCACAUGGUUAGCACCACCCUGCCUGUAGACAGCAGCAUGAUCGAGCUAGACUGCCUGAAUACCUCUCCCAGCUCCUGGUGCCAUAGAUUCUGGCUGAAGAGGAAAGUAGGUAUUGUGCACUUCUCCCAGUCUUUUGUUGAGGCCUCGCCUGAGAGUCCAGAAAAGGAUGCGAUGCGUGAUCACGACUCAGCUGGGAGUUCUCCCAACCAGAGCCCGACAGGCUGGUCCCAGUCCCAAUCCAAAGCCCCGGCACCUGCCCAGCGGGAGAGGGCCACAUCCUUCAACACUCAGGAGAAAAAUAAAAUUAGGCCUCGGGACAAGCGUGACUCGAGUUACUACUGGGAGAUCGAGGCCAGCGAGGUUUAUCUGCACUCCCGCAUCGGUUCAGGCUCUUUUGGAACUGUAUACAAAGGAAAAUGGCAUGGCGAUGUUGCAGUGAAGAUCUUAAAGGUGACCGACCCGACACCGGAGCAGUUUCAGGCAUUCAGAAAUGAAGUGGCGGUCCUGAGGAAAACUCGACAUGUCAACAUCCUGUUGUUCAUGGGCUACAUGACGAAGGACAACCUGGCUAUCGUGACCCAGUGGUGUGAGGGCAGCAGCCUCUACAAACACAUCCACGUCCUGGAGACCAAUUUCAAGAUGAUCCAGCUCAUCGACAUAGCCAGGCAGACGGCUCAGGGCAUGGACUAUCUACACGCAAAGAACAUCAUCCAUCGUGACAUGAAGUCCAACAACAUCUUCUUGCAUGAAGGACUAACGGUGAAAAUCGGAGACUUCGGUCUCGCGACAGUGAAGGCCAGGUGGAGUGGCUCUCACCAGGUGGAGCAGCCUUCUGGAUCCAUCCUCUGGAUGGCUCCUGAGGUUAUCCGGAUGCAGGAUAACAAUCCCUACAGCUUCCAGUCCGACGUCUAUUCCUAUGGAAUAGUUCUGUUUGAGCUGAUGACGGGCGAGCUGCCGUACUCCCAGACAGCAAACAGAGAUCAGAUUAUCUUCAUGGUGGGGAGAGGAUACUUGUCUCCAGACCUCAGCAAGCUCUACAAGAACUGCCCCAAAGCCAUGAAGAGGCUGGUGGCGGACUGCAUCAAGAAGUCCAAGGAUGAAAGGCCGCUCUUCCCACAGAUCUUGUCCUCGAUCGAGCUUCUCCAGCAUGCCCUACCGAAGAUAAACCGCAGUGCCUCAGAACCGUCCCUGCACAGAGUCUCUCACACCGAGGACAUCAACACCUGCACUCUGACCUCCACCAGGCUGCCUGUCUUCUAGAGCCUCGCACCGCGACGCCCCCCCCCCCCCCCCCCUCCCUCCGCUCCUCACGCCCGUUCUCCUCAGAAUAUGCAAAAUACUCCAAACGUUCAGUAUUCCAGAAUUCUCUGCACAUCAAUGCUCAUAUACACCAACCGGCGCACAUGCAAUCAUACGUAUCCCCCAUGCUAAUCAAUAGAACGUGAGAUGAGAGGCUGGCAGGCGGCGAUGCCUUUAUAUGACGGUAUGCAGCAGCCUCGUGUGGGCAUUUGCCUCGGUCUGAGUUGUAAAUACAUGCACGCACACCUACCUAAAGACGGCGACAGAUGGACGUUGAAGGAAGCGUCGCAGAGACGGACGCGUCUCCUGAUCCCGGGUUCUGUGACGUGAAGCGCGGCCUCCAGUCGGGCGCCGCCCCUGGUUUCUGGUGAAGAGGACUUUUUGAACUUAAACCUGCCUUAAGAGGAAACAAAGCCUGGACGAAGAUCCUGCACAACUUCACCUCUCUCUCUCUCUCCCCGUCGCCGCGGAGCCGUUGGAUGUAGUCCGUUUAGUUGCACAAUAGUAGUUGACUUUGCAUUGUCUUAAAUGAUAAAGGGGUAGACAUGGGGACUUUUUUUUUCUCCUUUUUUGUUGACUUUUUUUUUUUGUGGGUAACUUUGGAUGAAAUAUAGCCUGUCAGACAGCGAGCGCGAGGCAUGAUGGAGAUCUGCACAUUUAAGAAAAAGCAGCGAUUCUCUGAGCGAAGUGAUUUCUAAGAUAUCCGCACAUUCUCGUCCGUCCUCUCCAUCGACAGGUUAGCGUGAGCUGGACACUUUGGCAGUUGUCUUAAAUAUUUAAAAUGAUUUGGAGACUGAUUUGUUUUUUUGUUUUGUUUUAUCAUGUCACUUUCAAGAGGUUAAACAUUUUAUUGUGAACUUGGUGAGAAAGUUGUCUAUCCGAUAUUUUAAUAAAAUUAAGUUAAAUUUCUUU